AUGGCUCCUGGAAACAAAGAGAGGCAUCCAGGACAUACGGGUACUAUUCCCAAAACGAAAGCAAGAAAUAAUUGCAAUGUACCGCAAGAAGCUGUGACACCAACAAGGAGAGAUAUGACAACAAACCUUGUGACGACAUCUUUGGAUUGGGUUCCUGUUUCUGAGUACAAUACACGAACUAAUUGUAAUCAACCAAGAAAACCAGCUAACAAUACAUCAGAUCAAGAGUUGGUAGACUUAGACAACUCUGUUUCAUAUGAGAGUGGAUUUGGAAGAUUUGUUCCAGUAAGACCCCAGCCUCGUGCAUUACCUUUGACUGUUCAGAAUCGAGAAAAUAUUUCUGUGGAUCACAAUGAUGAUGGUGCAAGCUCAUCUACUUCCUCUCACACUUUGCAUCACUUUCAAAAUGGUUCAAUUCCUCAUUCCAAUCAUGCAGCGGCCGCUGUAAUGAUUGUAAAUCCUACAACACCAAAUGCUGUAACAGGGAAUAUCUCACAACCUUUUAAUGCACCAAAUCAAAACCGCAAUAACUUUACUAGGAAUUUGAAUUCCAAUCGCAACACUUUUGAUGGUAAUACUCACGCUAGUAACAAUAAUAUUACUCCACCAAUAUCAAAUUCUAGAACGGGCACUAAAACUGUUAAUUUAAUUAACAACAUGUAUGACCAAGGACAGGGAAGCUUCAAUAAUUUAAAUGAAAAUAAUCAGGUACAUAGAGAGUCAGCUCGUGCUUUAGGAGAAGCAAUCGUAGCUGCUUGUCCUGACGCUGCAGCUGUAGAGCGUCGGCUGGGACAAAUAAGAGAAUACAUUAGAGUUACAUCUUCGCUUGUUGACACAAUGCGUAAUUCGGAAGAUGAGACAUUUAUAGAACAUACUAAAGAAGAAUAUGAUGAACUUAUUGAAAUGGUGACGAAAUUAAAAGAAAGUGAAAGUAAGUUGGAAAGUAUGUUAGUAAAAAAGAUUCCGGAUAAUGUUGAAGUUCCUCCUGAAGAAGCAAUUGAAUCUACUGCUCAUUUAGAAACAAACUCCCUUGUUUCUGAAACACCUGACGGUAUUUCAUUAAAUAAACUAAACCAUGAUGAAGGUAUAUCUAAAAGUAAUAAUGAAAAUAAUACAAUAAGCCAUAAUCUCAAAAAAAUAACUAAUAUAGAAAAUGAACAAUUGAAUAAAACUAUGUCCAAUACCAAAGUUAAUGAUGACAAUGUUCAAAAAGAUAUGCCAAAGAUAAUAGCAACACUCGGCAAUGAGGAAAAUGAGAUUAGGCAUGGCGGUAAAAAAGAAGAAAUGGAGUCUAUUACUUGUGAUGAAACUGAAACUAAGCAUGAUGAUCAGCAUCUCAAAGAUGAGUUAAGAAAAAAUAUAAUAUCUUGUGUUGAAAAAGUAGCAAUAAUGGAAGAAAUGAAAAAUAAAAUUAAUAAUUGUGGCAACAAUCAUGAUCAGGAUGUUGUAAUUAGACCGGUCUCAGUUCAGAGCAAUGGAUCAGCAUAUAGUGACAAUGAGUUGUGGCAAAAUGAAAUUAAAAACAAAAUGGAGAUGUCACAGAUUCGACUGUCGGCUUUGAAACAACAGCAAAAAAGGCUAUUAAAAUACCAGGCUGAGGCGAAACAACAGCUGGAAGAAAUGAAAGAAAGGCAAGCCCAAGAAAUACAUUCAUCAACUUCCAAUGAGAACUUUGCUGGCAUGCAGAACAUGACACAUACCGGCAAUUACAAUCAACAUAACAGAAUAUAUGGGACCAAUCAGAUAGGUGUUGCCACUACUCUACCUCAGUUAUCUGAUAGUAUACAUGGGGGUCACCAAAUGGCUAACAAUAUUGAAAAUGAACAUGGUCAUUCCACUCAGUCUACGCACAGCCAAGAUGAGAGGUUUUCAAAUAGAGAGGACAACAACAGUGAGGGCGCUGCAGGCGCGGCUCGAGAUAGUGAGGGUGAAGACGACGAUAGUACUCUGCAUGAGCGGAGCCAAAUGUUGCAACUUAAAUUGCGAGAGCUUCAACUUAGGAAACAACACAUGGAGAACUUGGUUUCAGAGUUCAGAAAACUGCAGAUCGCGACUGGUCUGGCAAGCUCGCACAACACAUAUUCGAGUUCUGGGGAAGAUAGUGCAGAAGACGAACCACCUGGAAAAUGUAACAAACCAGAAAGAAACUUGAAAAAUGAAGACCCUUUUAAACUAAUGGAAAUAAAAGCUAUCAAAACUGCUUUACAAAAGACUAAAGAUUUGAUGAGAUCAGUAGAAACUUUUGAAGCUGACCAUUUAUCUAAUUCACAUGAAGACUCCUUCCCUAUGUCAAGCCAUUCAAACAUACAUGAUAACAAAUCGGAAGGUGGGGGCAGUGUGGGUGGCUGGUCGAACGAAGGUAGCCAACAGCAGCACCAACAACAGCAACAUCAUCCACAACAGCAACAUCAUCAACAGCAACAUGAACAACAACAAUCAAGUCCCGAAACUAACAUUGCGAGUUUGCAAGAACUAGCACAAGAAUUGCGUAUGGCAACUGAAGAGAUAAUGGGCGAACGCGCUCGUAUUGAAGAUAUGCUAUCGAAUAAAGAAGUGAGCCGAAAGCAGAAGAAGGUUAAUGAAGAAGUACGCGCUGGUCCUAGUGGUGGGCCGGGCCCGGCUGAGCGUCGCCAAAUGCAGCUACGCGCACUUCUUGCGGAAAAGCAACGCGAACUGGAAGCACUACUCAACAAAGAGAAGAUGAUCUGUGGUGGAGCUGAAACUCAGAAAAAUCCCGAUUCGCGUGCCAUGUCCGUCGCUAACCAGUCUUACAACAGUGAACAUGAGGAACAAGAAUUAAGGUCUGAACAACUACCACUAGAUUCUAAUAACUCAAGGGAAAACGAACACUUUCGG